CUCGCAACGCCGUGAGCGUCAUUCUAUCUUUGUGCUCGAGGGUUAAGUGAACCAAACUAACCAACCAAACGCUACCGUGAUCACGAAACGAAAAAAUAUAAUUGCCUUUAGCAAUAUAGUAGUAUUACAUAUAUGGAGAUUUGUCACCGUUCGCCAUAAUUUAUGUCAGUAAUUUAUUUCCAUAUUAGUUUUUCAACAGCAUUAUUGUUAGACGUGAUUUGUAACUUUAUGGUAAUUAUGACUACGAUGAUCCGUCGCGCAUCUGAUCCGCUUCGCUCGGAGUGCGUUUAACGAUUGCUGGACACAAUAUUUCUCUGCAUAUCGUAAUCAAGGCAAGGAAUGUUUCGAAUACCUAAAUCUUCAAUCGCUUCUUCUACUGCUGCUACGACAAUGGCAAAACGACCUAAGCAAAUCCAAGGUUGCCUGUACACGUCUUACGAAUGCACGCAGCCAUGCCUAGAAGAUUAUUCUUACUGUGCCAAACAUAUCCUUGAAGAUCCCAGCGCGCCCUACAAACAAUGUGCUUUUGUCUACAAUACGAAUGGAAGAAAAUGUCAUAAUCCGGCUCCCAAACUGGACAGGAGAGAUAUCUCAUACUGCAACGAACAUUCUAGGAAGGCUCAGAUCUCGCGCAUCAAAUCGACAUCGCGUCGUUCCCUGCCGCAAACGCCAGAAAUGCUGCUACUUAAUUUAAGUCACUACGUAAAACCUACAGAUUCCAGUGCCGAGGAUACGGAAGAAGAGAGCGGAAAAGUGAAAGCGCUGGAUCCUUUCACCGAAGUUGAUGCUUACAGAGUAAAUGCAAGUGGAUGCGACAUUUUAGAUUAUGCUAGUUCGUCAGAAAGCGACGUUGAACCCACUGUCGUUAAUGACACACUGAGGGGGAUUUAUCUCGACGAUAGUGAUAACGAAAGUUUACAUAGUCCGCAAGAAGAUCCCUUGAAUAUCAAUUUUUUAAGGCACGCCGGGAUAUUCACUGCAGAAGAGGUAAUUUAUAUUGCGAGGGAAAAAUUAAUUAAGCUUCAAUCUCUUUAUAUUGAUCAGUUUAGAAGAUUGCAAUAUAUAUUGAAAGAAAAAAGACGAAAGUAUCUGCUCGCUCUCAAGAAAGAAAAGGAAACAUUAUGUAGCAUACAUGAUCAGACCAAAGAAACUGCGAAAGAGAAGAAGAUUUAUGAGAAGCUGAAGGCUCUAAAUCGUUAUCACAGACGAAGCGGCGUUGAAGCUAUAUUAUACAGAAAAUCGUUAGAACGUCGCGCGCAAGUAACCGAGGGACCUGCUCAGAAACCACCCAAUGUAUCCAAGUGCAUAUUCACCGAAGGUGGCGUGAAAUGUGGCGAAAGAACUCUUCCAUCGGCUAAACAUUGCCGCAAACAUAUCUUAAAGGACCAACAUCAGGUUUUGUUCAAAGCAUGCGGAGCAGUACGGGCGGAUAUAGAAUGUCACGAGCCUGUACCCGUAAUUUUCGACUCCAAUUGUGUUUUUCAUAUGAAUUUGCCAUCGCCAUGCAAAUUGGAACCUAUGAAGUUUGAAGAACAGAAACCCACCAUAUUGGAAACAUCAUUGACCGACAGUCAGUCGAUGGAAAUUGAUGUGGUAGGUGAGGCACAGGAGAUCGAUCCCGACGAUGAUAUGGCGGGUCUGAUGAGAGAGAUGAAUGAUUCUACUCACGUAAAACCAGCGUUUAACGAGAGCUUAAACAGUGAAACCAGUACAGACACGGCAUUCAGUUUGUCGGCGCAAAUGAGCGAUCGCGACGAAUUCGUUACUAGGAGACAUGUUCACAUUGAGACGAUUAUAGAAGUUUCUCAGGUCGCUGAUUCCAAAUCUACCAUCAAAAUUUAAAUUGGAAAUGGCGGACUUAAGAUGACGGCUAUUUCCACUUUCCAUGAAAGCUUAAACAUUGAUAUAUUUAAAAUAUGAACUUGGGUCAGGUUUUGUUCUGAUCACUGAUCACAAAAAUAGAAUGUAAAAAUUUAAUUUUAAAAUAAUAGAUCUCAGAUUGUGACUUCUUCAAGAAACUUUUGAACAUACUCACUCCCACAUAGCACAAAUCUCUAAAAGACUUCUUAAAGAAUUCUAAAAGUGUCCUGGAGGACUUGGGAACUCUUUUGGAACUCUUUAAGAAGUCUUUUAGAGAUUUGUGCUAUAUGGGUUCUCGACUACAGCUCAAAAUCUAUUAUUUCGUAUAUAUUGUCGAUAAUUGUGAAUAGUAAUGCAGUUAUAUAACUUGCAUAGCCAAUAAUCUACUUGUCAAUAAGACGCCUCUUCUAUGCAUUUGCUGAGCGAGACGGAGAAACAUCCGAAGAGACGUCAUUAGUAUGCCAACUAAAAGUUAAAUUUCUUGAUAAGUUUAGAUAACUAUUUUCUCGAAAAUAUUAAAUUUAACUCUAGGUACACACGGGGGUCUCCGAGACCCCAGGCAUAGUUUGAAACUCUAGUAUUAGUAGAGAUAAUAAGUAAGGAGGAUACGACCACCGUAUAAAAAAAAACUUGAAGUCUUCUCUGUAGAUAGCAAUUGUCGGAGUAGUCAAUUGUCUGUUGGUUUUGUGGUAAUUCACACGUAAAGUAAGCCCAGUCUCCUAGAUCUCAGUGUGUACUUCGUGUAACUUUUUUUGCAAGUAUAUUUUGUAAUUAAUUUUAUUCGAGUUCAUAGUAUAAAUAUAUAUUCUAAAAAAUGUUAGAUUAAAUAAGUAAUGUAAAAAAAGAACUAAUUUUUAUUGGGAGACAGAAACACACGGACUAAACGCCCAAAAUGAUACUUGUUGGGUGAAUGUUAUUUGCCGCUUUUUAUUUGACGUUUUUCUUUUUCUGUUUCUAUUUCUGUUACAUGCAUUACAAGUUAUUGAGUUUGUAUUUUUUAACAAAAUCUUAACUCUUAUACUUGUUUACAAAACUGCCAAGAAAUAAUAUGAAAAAUCGUCAAUCUUGGAGCCUUGUAAUUUUCAUGAUAAUAUUCCAAUAUUUAAGUGACGAUUUUUUUCUUUGUACCUUGAAAUGCCCUUUCAAAAUUUGAAAACUUUUUUGGAUUAUCUCUAUUAUUAAAAAAGAUAUGCAUUUUUCAAGCUAUUUCAGUAAAAUGACGUUUCCUUUGCAUUUAUGAGUAUUUCUAAUGUUUCAACACAUCUUUAUUAUGUGAUGCUUAUUAUGAUUUAAUCCUAAUUCUUAAUAAAUAUAUGUGUUUAUCAGUCUAUUAACAAUCGGGAAAAAAGUCAAAAUACAGUGAUUUUUAUCGGAGUUAUAAUAAAAAAAGUAGCUGGGAUCCCUCAGACAAUAUAGCAUCUCCCCAGUGUAGCAUCUACGUAUGCGAAAAAUAAGUGUGUAUACCUAGGGUUAAGAGUAUACUGAUUUUAUACGUGUAGAUUUAGUCUCGAUCUACAAUAGAUUUCGUAAGAAAUUGA